UAUGAUUCUCGAGUUAUCAUAGAUCUAGCAUAAAUUAUAAUAGGCGUAGAUAAUACAAAAAUGGCAAGAGAAAAUAAGACAGGAAGAAGAUGGUCAUUUAUGGCCAUGCUGCUGGGUUUAAACCAGUCAGUAACAAAAAACCUUAAAAUUGACCCAAGAAUAAGAUACGCCACUUGGUAUAUUAUUAAAAACAGAAUAUUAAUAAUAAAGGGGUAUCUUGAGCUAAAAACCCCAAUAAAGCAGACAGGAGUGCAUAAAAUACUAGGAAUAGACCUACCCGUAAUAUUAAAAAGAGAAAAAAGAUGCAGAGAAGAGAUAAUCAAAGAGAUUGAAGACACACCAUGUGUAUAUAAUUUAUAUGAAGUAGGAGAAAGAAAAAUAAACAAAGGAGGAAGGCCCAGAAAGAAAGAACUUCUCACUAACCCAAUUGACAUAAACAAUUUCUUACUAAUCAAACACAAAGAGUUCUUUAAACUGGAUUUAUAAUAAUAAUCCACUGUACAACCCGAAUAACCAGCUUAAAGUAACCACUGUACAAUAAAUCUAUUAUAUCCCAUA